AUGUCUCAAGCGGGAAAUGCCUCGCAGGUGCCCAUCGAUGUAAACAAGGGGGUCACAGGAGCCUUGUUCGGUCUUGCCAUAAUUGCAUUCAUCAUCCGAAGCUAUAUUUGUAUCCGCAUUCAUAAGAAAGUCCAUGUCGAAGACUUCAUCCUGCUCUUUGCGGUUAUGUCCCUCUGCGCCGCCACCGGUUUGGCAUACGCCACGCUGACAGCCCAGUACGCUUUGAUUCAGUUGGUCCUUCAUGGCUUCGAAGGUGAUAUAGUAUUCCGGCUGCUUGGAGAAAUACCGAGUAUAUCGAAAGAAGAGAACGCUGCAACAAACCUAUGGUGGCUCGUUAUUUUCUCUGUCAAAAUGGCCUUUCUGUUCUUCUUUCGCAGGCUAAUCUCUCGAUUACGGAGCUUAAACGUAUGGUGGUGGUUUGUUACCGCACUUACCAUAAUUGCUGGUUUAGUCAGCGUAGCCGCUUCUUGGCUGACUUGCCCGUACUUCACUAUUGGAGGCCUUCUUUCAUGUGCAGGACCCUCUGCAGAUCACAGAACCAUACGGGACACUGCUAUCACGACAGUGAUGGAUAUCAUGAGCGAUCUUCUUGUCCUAUCUCUGCCUGUCAGCAUACUAUGGAAAGUCCGUAUCAGCGUUCGACAAAAGAUCGGUCUAGCAUUCUCGCUCUGCCUUUCAUGCGUUAUGGUAGUAGUGACCAUAGUGAGAGUCGCAGGCAUGAGACAAAGAGGCAGCGGUAGCGUUGAUAUUGUCUGGCUGGCUUUCUGGCAGCAACAAGAGUGCAGCAUUGCAGUUCUCAUGUGCUCCGUUUCUGCCUUUCGCUCCCUCUUCGUUCCGAGUCCAGCAAGGACUCCUAUACCACGACAACAAAGGGACUCGCCGAGCGAGAAGAGGAGAAGGUUUGCGCAUCGACGUCCUGAUCCUGAUCUAUAUGAUACCCAUGAGACCAACGGGCUCCCACAGAUUCCGAGUGCAAAGCUCGCAGGUAUAGCCACUGAGAUACGAGGAGGUAGACAGUCUGAGGAGACAGCAAGUCUGGAUCAACGAUUCAACAGCCACCUUCCACCAUCGGACCAUGAUCACUGCACAGAGAUAGCCACAACCAACUCAUCUGCUCGAGAUGCCGAGCUUGGGCUUUCAAUAGAAUCUAUAUUACCACACUCGUGCCUUGAGACCAGCAACGCCAGGCAGAGCAAAUCCAGUGGCACACGAUGGUGGAAAGCAUUUCUACAGCCAGAAACAGCCCCGACUGCAUCUACAACUCGCACCGGGUAUUGGGAAGUCACAAGUCUCUUCCGUAGCGGACACCCUGAGUCCAUCGUCCGGUCAAAGGAUCGGACGGAGGGUCAGCUCUGA